GGUUUAACGCUUCUCGACCACAUCCUCGCAUCUUUCGGACCAUGGCGGUGACUGGCAGCGUGGUGAACGUGCAGAGCGCGGCGCAGUUCGACGAGGCCACGGCGCGCGAGUCGACGCUGUCCGUGACCUUCUUCUGGGCCGAGUUCCACGAGGCCUGCCGCCCCAACGGGCAGCUGGACGUGGUGGUGCGGCAGCUGGCCACGCUGCACCCGCGCAUCCGCUUCCUCAAGGUGGCGGCCGAGGAGCUGCCCGAGCUCUCGGAGCGCUUCCAGAUCACCGUGGUGCCCACCUUCGUCGUGGCGCAGGGCCGCGCCGUGCUGGACAAGCUCGAGGGCGCCAACGUGGCCGAGCUGGCCAAGCGCGUGGACGUGCUGAGCAAGAGCGUGGCCAAGAGCAGCGGCGGCAGCUCCACGUCGGCCGCGCCCACGGCCGAGGAAACCACCAAGCCGCUGGACGAUGCGCUGCAGUACCGCCUCAAGAAGCUCAUCAGCGCGUCGCCCGUCAUGCUCUUCAUGAAGGGCAACCCGACGGAGCCCAAGUGCGGCUUCAGCCGGCAGAUGGUGGCGCUGCUGAACGAGGACAAGAUCCAGUUCGGCACCUUCGACAUCCUCAACGACGACGAGGUGCGCCAGGGGCUCAAGCAGUUCUCCAACUGGCCCACGUACCCGCAGCUCUACGUGAACGGCUCGCUGGUCGGCGGCCUGGACAUCCUCAAGGAGAUGAAGUCGGAGGGCUCGAUCGUCGAGCAGCUCGGACUCACCAAGAACGUCGAGGAGGCCGAGGCCGCGUUCCAGGAGAGUCUGCGCGCGCUCGUCAACUCGGCGCCCGUGCUGCUGUUCAUGAAGGGCUCGCCCUCCGAGCCCAAGUGCGGCUUCAGCAAGAAGACGGUGCAGCUGCUGCGCGACCACCAGAUCGGCUUCAGCUCGUUCGACAUCCUAAGCGACGAGCAGGUGCGUCAGGGACUGAAGAAGUUCUCCAACUGGCCCACGUACCCGCAGCUCUACGUCAAGGGCUCGCUGGUCGGCGGCCUGGACAUCCUCAACGAGAUGGCCGAGGACGGCGACCUCAGCGAGCAGCUGGGCGUGGACAAGAAGGCCAAGAACGUGAACAAGUACGAGCGGCUGAUCAACCGCGCGCGCGUCAUGAUCUUCAUCAAGGGCUCGCCCCAGCAGCCGCAGUGCGGAUUCAGCCGCAAGCUCGUGGAUAUCCUGGACGCCGAGGGCUUCAAGUACGACUACUUCGACAUCCUCACGGACGACAGCGUGCGCCAGGGGCUCAAGAAGUACUCCAACUGGCCCACGUUCCCGCAGCUUUACGUGAACGGCGAGCUGAUCGGCGGACUGGACAUCGUGCAGCAGCUGCAGGAGGACGGCGAACUCGCGGAGCUCAAGGAGUAG